AUGCGAGGUUUUUCCACUGCCUGCCUGCUCCCUCUGAUAACGCACCACCCUUCAUCCUCCCUCUCCCUGUGCCUCUGCCGCUCUGCACCGCUCCCAACUCCCAGGUCUUCAGAGUGUAUCCAGGGAAGGACUACGCUGAGCUGCACUAUUCCGGGAGUGCUGUUUGAUACCAUUUCUGUGGGUCCGUUGCCCUCCAAGGGUCACAACCACGAGGUGGUGACUCGCUUCGUGUCGCCCAUCAACAGCAGCAGGACCUUCUACUCCGACUCCAAUGGCCGCAGCUACCUCAAGCGGACCGCCUCCCUUCUCCAUGCCCUCUCCCUUCACCGUUCCCACCCCACCACCCACCCCACCACCAUCCCCACUCCACCACCAUCCCCACCCCACCACCAUCCCCACCCCAUCACCAUCCCCACCCCACCACCGUCCCCACCCCACCACCAUCCCCACCCCACCACCAUCCCCACCCCACCACCAUCCCCACCCCACCACCCCACCAUUCCCACCAUUCCCACCAUUCCCACCACCCCACCACCCCACCACCCCACCAUCCCCACCCCGCCACCCCACUGUCAGGUGGUGGACUACCGGUCCGACUGGCACCUUAACGUCACCGACCCCAUAGCAGGGAACUACUAUCCGAUAACGGUUGGAGCUUUCAUGAAAGACAAAGCAGCCCAGUUGUCGGUGCUUGUGGACCGGGCGGCAGGCGCUGCCAGGCUGGCAUCUGGCCAGAUGGACGUUAUGCUUCACAGCCAUGCUCAUGUUGCAAGCCAUGCUCAUGUUGCAAGCCAUGCUCAUGUUGCAGCCAUGCUCAUGUUGCAAGCCAUGCUCAUGUUGCAAGCCAUGCUCAUGUUGCAAGCCAUGCUCAUGCUGCAAGCCAUGCUCAUGUUGCAAGCCAUGCUUAUGCUGCAAGCCAUGCUCAUGUUGCAAGCCAUGCUCAUGCUGCAAGCCAUGCUCAUGUUGCAAGCCAUGAAGCUGGCAUCGCUGGACGACAAGGGCGUGGGGGAGGCACUGGAGGAGAGGAUCACACUGGGCAACAAGACCCGCUUCCUCACCUUGACUUUUGACACGUCUCAAAAGUCAGCAAUCAUCGUUCCCCUGCCCUGCAAGUUGACUUUUGACACGUCUCAAAAGUCAACAAUCAUCGUUCCCCUGCCCUGCAAGUUGACUUUUGACAUGUCUCAAAAGUCAACAAUCAUCGUUCCCCUGCCCUGCAAGUUGACUUUUGACAUGUCUCAAAAGUCAACAAUCAUCGUUCCCCUACCCUGCAAGUUGACUUUUGACAUGUCUCAAAAGUCAACAAUCAUCGUUCCCCUGCCCUGCAAGUUGACUUUUGAUACGUCUCAAAAGUCAACAAUCAUCGUUCCCCUGCCCUGCAACUUACCUUUCCAUCUCUCCCACCCUACAACAACCGUCUCUCCCACCCUGCAACAACCGUCUCUCCCACCCUGCAACAACCGUCUCUCCCACCCUGCAACAACCGUCUCUCCCACCCUGCAACAACCGUCUCUCCCACCCUGCAACAACCGUCUCUCCCACCCUGCAACAACCGUCUCUCCCACCCUGCAACAACGGUCUCUCCCACCCUGCAACAACCGUCUCUCCCACCCUGCAAAAACCGUCUCUCCCACCCUGCAACAACCGUCUCUCCCACCAUGCAACAACCGUCUCUCCCACCCUGCAACAACGGUCUCUCCCACCCUGCAACAACCGUCUCUCCCACCCUGCAACAACCGUCUCUCCCACCCUGCAACAACCGUCUCUCCCACCCUGCAACAACCGUCUCUCCUACCCUGCAACAACCGUCUCUCCCACCCUGAAACAACUGUCUCUCCCACCCUGCAACAACCGUCUCUCCCACCCUGCAACAACUGUCUCUCCCACCCUGCAACAACCGUCUCUCCCCUUCCCUGUAGGUUGUGGGCUCUCUGCGCUUUGGCCUGCACCCCAACACAGACUCUGAAGAAAGUGCAGGGGAGCAAUGGGGGCAAGGGGGGGAUUGUCUAUGGUUGGGGCGGGGCAGCGAGUGGAGGAGGGAGCAUGCCCAACGGCUCCUAA